AUGGAAAAGAAAAUCAUUUCCAGGUUAAAACUAAAAGUUGAGAGAAACAUUAAAGUAAGUUUUGUCAUUUAUCAAAGUUUUAAGGGGGGUUUGUCAAAAAUAGUUUAUGUUUUGGAAAAUAAUUUUUUCUUUUUGUCCAUGAAUUUUCAUUUUUUUAACGGUUAUGUAGGAUUUUAUGCAGCAGCAAAUGGCUCAAAAUUUAUUGAUUAA